AAAAAAAGAAAAAGGGUAAAUGAAGCAUGGAAGUUAAGAGAAUCUGAAGGAGAAUUCGUGACAUUAUACAAAGAAUUAAUUAAAGACGAAAUAAAGUAUUUUGAAUAUUUUAAAAUGUCGGAAAGCUGUUUUAAUAUUCUCCUUCAGGAGCUGGGAAAUAAAUUAGUAAGGAAAGAUACUCGAUGGAGGAAGGCUAUAUCCCCUAGAGAGCGGCUCGCAAUUUUUCUAAGGUAUCUAACAACAGGGGAUUCUCUGAAGACAAUUUCAUUUAGUUACCGCUUGGGCCACAGCACAGCAUAUUCCAUAGUUAUGGAAACAUGCAAGAUAAUAAAGGAAACUCUGAUGAGUGAAAUGCUACCUUUGCCUACAGAAGAUAAAUGGAAAACUAUUUCCAAUGACUUUAAAUUGUUGUGGAAUUUCCCUAACUGUGUUGGAGCACUGGAUGGUAAGCACAUAACAAUUCAGGCUCCCUCGAAAAGUGGAUCUCUAUAUUUUAAUUACAAGAAAACAUUUUCAAUUGUUUUGAUGGCCCUUGUGGACGCGAACUAUAAUUUUAUUGCCGUUGAUGUGGGGUCUUAUGGCAAAAACAGUGAUGGUGGCAUUUUUGCAAAUUCCAACCUAGGAAAAAGACUACAGCAAGGAACUUUAGGUAUACCUGGAAAUUCUCCGUUGCCAGGAACAUCAAUAGAAACACCACACGUGAUUGUGGGAGAUGAAGCAUUUCCUCUCAAAACAUAUUUAAUGCGACCUUAUCCAGGGCAAAAUUUGAAUGACGACAAGCGCAUUAUAAUACAUAUUAUUAUGUAUGGUAAACAUAUGAUAAUGAUGAUGAUAAUAGAAGGGUUGCUGUAAUAACA